AUGCAAAACUUGUCUAUUGUUGAUCUGACUGACAAGCUCUCGAAGGAGCGGACUUGCCAUGGUGCCUGGAUGUUCGAGAUGAUGGAGAGUAUGUAUUCUCUGAAGAGUUCUCUUGGCCACAAAGAUGAUGAGCUCAAGUCUCUCGUUGCUACCCUGCUUGAACACAAGGAGGCCUAUUUCACCUCAAACACAAGGUCUAAGCAUGAGAUUGUUGCUAACGCGUAUAAGCAAGGGUACUUGGAUUGCAAGAACGGCUUCUCUCCCUGUUGCCCUAUCAAAGAUGAAGAUGCUGAGUUGCUCUACCUUGACCUGUCACCUGCUCAAAGUGAGCAGAUCAAUGUUGUGGAUGUAGAAGCAGUUGGAGAGCAAAUGGCUGAUGAAGUUGUAGUGGAGGAGGAUGACACCAAAGGUGGCACAGCUGAUGAGGUCAGGGUAGAUGGGGAGGAGUUGGCAGCUGAGACUGCUCAGCAGAUGGUGGUGGUUGAGUAA